AUGGUUUUUGGUUUAGGAAAGAAAGACAACGACUCUUCAUCUUCUUCAGAUGAAGAAAGAUCCGGCAAUAGAGGCGGUAAUUCUUACGGAUCUUCUAAUAAGAGAAACGACGACUCUUACGGUUUUUCUAACAGAGGUGAUGACUCUUACGGAUCAUCCAACACUAGAAGUGGUGACUCUUACGGAUCUUCGAACACAGACUCUUACGGAUCAUCCAACACUAGAAGUGGUGACUCUUACGGAUCUUCAAACACAGACUCUUAUGGUUCAUCCAACACUAGAAGUGGUGACUCUUACGGAUCUUCAAACACAGACUCUUAUGGUUCAUCCAACACAAGACGUGAUGACACUUACGGCUCUUCAUCGUCUGGUUUCGGUUCCUCCAACAGAGAUGAUACUUAUGGAUCAUCAAACACUAGAAGUGACGAUACUUAUGGCUCUUCAACCUCUGGUGGUUAUGGUUCUUCCAACAGAGACAAUGAUGACACUUAUGGCUCUUCCAACAAGAGAAGUGAUGACACUUACGGUUCUUCAUCUUCUGGUUACGGUUCCUCAAACAGAGGUGAUGAUUCUUAUGGUUCCUCAAACAGAAAUGAUGACAACAGAAGAGGUGGCGAUUCUUACGGUAGAUCCAAUGACUACUAA